AUGAAUAAAUUUAAAAUUGUAUUUAUUACAUGUUGUAUUUUAUUUUUUACAAUAAUAAACAAUGGAUUCGUUAAUGCAAAAACUGAACAAGUAACAUCAAAUAAUAAUAAUAGUAGUAGUAAUAGUAGUAGCAGUAGUACCAGUAAUGAAUUUGGAAAGUUUUCAUUUCAACAUUUUCUAAUUAUUAUAUUUGUUGUUGGUAUAAUGUUAUUUUUAUCAUUUUCAUUAAUACAAGUUAGAAUUAGAUUAAAGAAUAGAAUGAUUGAUAGAAUUCCAAGAAAGAUUAUGCCAUUUUUAAGACCAGGUGAUUUAUCGAAUAAACAGAGAACUAUAAUUUUAAAUGAAAUAGUUAGAUCGAAACAAAUUCAAUCAAAGAUUGAACCCACUAUGAUUGGUGGUAAUUCAGUCGCAUCCAAUAUCGGUCAUUUAGGUUGGGGUCCACCAAAUUCAGAGUAUAGUAAAGUACAUUUUAAAACAUCGAUUUCAAAGAGUUGGAUCGUUUUAGAGAGUGCUGCAACUCAUUAUAGUUCCCACCUAAAGAAAGAUCCUAAAUCCUGUAUUAGAGAUUACGUAGAAUUCUUAUUGGAACAGUGUCCUCAAUUGGAUAGACAUCAUGCAAAUCAUUAUAUUGACACCUAUGAAAAAGCUCGUUUCAGUGACCAAGAAUUCACACUAGAACAAUAUACACAAUUCAUGUCAAACCUAAUAGUUUUAAUUAAAGCUUUUGAAUUUGGUGACAUUAGUAUUUCAAAUACUAAUAAUAAUAAUAAUUUUAAUAAUACUAAUAAUAAUAAUAAUAAUAAUAAUAAUAAUAAUAAUAAUAAUAAUCCCUUAAAUUUUUCGUCUUCAUCAAACAAAUUAAAAAUAAAUUAA